AUGUUAAAUGCUAAUAAUUUUUACAACAUCCUGUGUCAAACCCACAUAUGGGGGGCUAGCACAAAUGGUAGUGCGUCAGACUCCAGAUCUGAAGGUUGGGCGUUCGAGUCGCUCGUCCCUCAUAUUUUACACAUUCUAUUGUGUUUGCUGUUUUUAAUUGUGUCGUUCCUGAUCUGGGAUGGUCUUUCUUUUACUAUAGCAAAGUCAAAAGAAUGUUUAACAGAGAUUGGGAAAGCUUGUGCAGUCAAGUGGGUCAUUCGCAACACCAAUAAGCAACCCACCAACAUUACUGCUGAAGAAGCCAAAGCAACUGGUAUUAAGUUAUGUUUUUCUCAGAAGUAUUCCUGUCAUCAUUGGGGAACCUAUGAAUCUAAGGCAACUUUGCAUGUGGUUCAAAAGCAAACAAAGAAAAACAAGUGUCCUGCUCUUCUUCAUGUGAAAGAGUUCUUUAAGACACCUGAGUUUUAUGAAUUUGUUGUUACAAAAGAUCAUGCAGAGCAUACUCCUGAUGAUAUACAUAGUGACAUUUGCACCCUUCCUCUUGCAAAGAAAUAUCUUCACGAGUUGGCUCAGCAAUUAGAACAGUCGUCAAAAUCUGCUAGUCAAAUUAGAAUUGAUAUGUUGAGAGCUGUAGAUCGAUAUGGUAGAAAGUCUGAAAGAAAAUUUAACUAUUAUGAUAUCUGGAAUUUGAUGAACAAAUUAUCUGACAGUGUGAAGAUUCCUGGAUCCUUAUCAUCAGAGGCACAAAUUUUACGUAGUAUGAUGAUGAAGUCUCUGCAAGAGAUCAUUUAUGAAGAAGACAUAGACGAGUUUCAUCAUAAAAUUGUACAGUUUAAAGAAGAAUUUGACGACCAAGAAAGCUUCUUGGAUUACUUUGAGAGAAACUGGUGCACAGAAGCAAAGUUUAAGAUCUGGAGUAGAGCAUACCAUGAACGACAAUUCUCCCAUAUGCUCACAAAUAACUAUAUCGAGUCCUGGCACAAUCAAUUAAAAACAGUUUUCAUGAAAAGAUCUAGAAACAAGAGACUUGAUAAGCAUGUUUUUGUUUUAGUACAUGAUGUUGAGUAUUAUCUCACCCAAGAAUAUGAACGCAUCAUGUCAAACAAUGGUCCAAUGAGUUCUUUUACUAGACAACAAAGAAUAUGUGAGAUGGAAGCUGAAGAAGUCGAUGAUGAUGACAGGGAAAUGAUGAUUGUUGCUCCUGGUAUUGCAGAAGAUGUAAAUUGGCAAGUUCAGUCAUUUGUAAAUAAAAAUACAACAUAUGUCAUUCAGGUUGCAGAGCCAAACUUGAUUAUUUCCUGCACCUGCUUUGAUUAUCAGCAAAGAUAUAAACCUUGUAAGCAUAUGUAUUUGCUUAAAAUGCAUACAAACCGAUCUCUCUACUUCUCUCUACCUUCUGUCACAAGUACAAAUGUAAUACAGCUAGUCUCUACCUCUGAAACAGCUACAAUCACACCAACUAUCAGUCGUACAUCUGCUUUUAUACAGCAAUGUAUUGACAUUAAUCAAACACUUUGGUAUGCAAACCAAGAUCUACUGACUAUGCAACAGUAUAUGACUGAAGAUGAUGGUCAGACUUUGUUUGAUGCAUAUCAACACUCUCUACAAGUCUUUCAGUCUAUAAAAAACAAAUAUGAAGUUCAUCUUUGCAGAUCUCAUACACAAGAAUAA